AUGUUUAAAACGAAUGUCUGAGGAGAACGAUCGAAUUUUCCAUGUUUAUCUCAACUAAAUCGAAAUUCUAUUUUGAAUACAGUCGAAAGUAGAAAUUCCAGAAACUUCCAGAUAUUUUCUUUUCUUUCCAGUAUUUUAUUUGAUCCACACCAUGUGUUUCCCAUUUUAAUUAUCAUUUUUACACUUCGUCGUCAGCCUUUUUUUCCAUUCCCUCUCAUGGACGUUAACUCGUUUACAGUGACGUGUCUCACGUUGUCAAACAACAUUUGUCCCCAACGAUGGGUCGAUGGGUAAAUGCAGAGGGUACAGUAAAUCCUGGGGCAUCAGUUAUUGCCACACUCAUCAAAUCUGCCCUCCUCAAACUCGGAGAGACUUUCUUUUCCUCCCCCUCACAUUAACAUAGUCCCUCCUCCUCCUCCUCCUCCUCCUCCUCCUGGUCUCCCUGCUCCGGCUCUUCCUCCUGGUCCUCCCUCGGUCUUCUCCUCUGGUAGACCAUGGCCGGGCUCCUGGCUCACCCCCGUGUGUACGUGGCGUUUCUUUGGGCUCUUGCAGCGUUCCUUCGUGCCACAGCGGCGACCCCGGGGUCGGUGGGCAGCGCCAACGUCCUGUCCCUGCUGCAGCCCUACGACCUCAUGUACUACAGCGGGGUGCGGGCGUACUUCGGUAAGGAGUGGGCGAAGGCGGCGGAGCUGCUGGAGAAGUCCCUCCUGACCAAGGAGACUCUGCUCCGGGUCCGCAGACUGUGUCACGACCAGUGUGAGGCGGCGGGGGCAGAGAAACUGGACAAACUGGACUCAGAGGUGGGGGGCAUGUGGGACCUCUGGGCCCUGGACUGGGUGCAGCUGAAGGCCGAGUGUCUGAGGUUCUGCGUGGGACGCUACGUCAGCCCGGCGGGACAACUUCCUGUGUCGUCAGACAUAGAGUACGAGUUUGGGACUCGGAAUCCGUACAACUUCCUACAGGUCACCUACUACAAGUUGGAAAAGCUGCAGAAGGCGGCGUCGGCAGCUCACACGUACUUCGUGGCCAACCCCAGUCACCUGGAGAUGAGGAACAACAUCGAGAAGUACAGGAGGAUGGAGGGAGUGACGGACGAGGACUUCCUGGACAGAGAGAUGGAGAAUGAGAAGCACUGGGUCCACUACGACGCCGCGGUCCAGUCCGAGGCCUCGUCCGACUGGACCAGAGCUGCCGACAGGUGGAGGGAGUGUGUGAACGAAACGCUGCGGCAGACGGAGGAGUGCAGGGUGCAGUGUGACACGGCCUCCCAGAAGCUGCCCGAGGACAGGGGGGUGGACAGUGUGGGGGGGGUGUUUGAGAAAGCAGCAGCUCUGUCUCUCUCCCUGCUCUCGUGUCGACAGUCAUGUGUGACUCAGGUGGCCACACGACCUGGACGGAUUUCAGCUCAAGAGGACUUCCUGCCCACACAACUGGAGCAUCUGCACAUAGCUCAGUUUAAAGCUGGCGACGUUAAAGCAGCAGUGCAGACUCUACGCUCUCUGCUGCUGUUUUACCCCAAAGACAAGGACUCUUUAGACAACCUGCAGUUCUACUUUGAGACACUUGAGGGCGACAAAGCGUCACAAGAAACCCAGGCUGCUCAGGACAUGGUCACGUACGUCAACCGCUCGUUGCAAGAAAAAAAGCUUCUGUACUUUGGCAUGGAGAACAUGGGCUUCACUUUCACUGACCCAGAUCUUUGGACUCCAGAGGACGUUGUCCCAGAAUCACUGAGAGACGUCUGGAGAGCAGAAAAGGACAAAAUGAACGAGAGCCUAAAAGACGGCGUGCAGCAGGACGAAGUGGACGCCAGCGGAUUUUAUGCAGGUGGUCCAGUCCCUCAGGUGGGCGUGACCAUCACCAUGGAUGACGAGCGCAUGAACGGGACCAACCGUGUGGUACUGGAUGGCGUGAUGACAGAGAAGGAGUGCGGCAGCAUCCUGCAGCUGGCCACAGCUGCAGCGUCAGCUGGAGAUGGUUACCGGGGGCGACGCUCUCCGCACACGCCACAUGAGACGUUUGAAGGCCUGACUGUGCUCAGGGCCGUGAAGUUGGCUCAGGACGGCCUGGUCAACCAAUCAGAUGCCAAGCUCUUACAUGAACUGGGGGAGAGGGUUCGAGUUCUGCUGCACUCCUACUUCCGGAGUCCCUCAGACCUCCACGUCUCUUUCACACACCUGGUCUGUCGUAACGCCGUCCCAGGUGACCAGGAGGGCAGAUCAGACCUGUCCCACCCUGUCCACGUGGACAACUGUCUCCUAGAGCCAGAGACCAAACAGUGCUGGAAGGAACCACCGGCCUUCAUACACCGAGACCUGAGCGCCGUUCUCUACCUGAACGACAACUUUGAAGGUGGUGACUUGUUCUUCACCAGCCAGGACGCCAAGAAAGUGACAGCUGAGGUCAAACCCAGAUGUGGUAGACUGGUGGGCUUUUCCUCCGGUCCGGUGAACCCCCACGGUGUUACCGCAGUGACCAGCGGGCGGCGUUGCUCUCUUGCCCUGUGGUUCACAAAGGACAAGUUCUACAGGGACAUGGAGCGGGAGGAGGCCGAGGCUCUGUGGGCCGCAGACGGACAGAGCGUGGUGAAAAAGGACGAGGACAAGUCAAAGGGCAGCGGCGCCAGGAACGCUCGGAGUCAAGCGUCUACGGAGAGGAGCAGGGGCAGAGGCAGAGUGACGGGGGGCAAAGACGAGCUCUGAGACAUCAACAAAUCCUCAGGACCAGUCAUCAAAGGAGGGGGGGGGGUGUUGUUCAUGUACAUACUGUAUUUAUGAUGAAGAUAAGUGAGGAAGACACUGACGUGGGUUUGGUCUGUUCUUCUGAUUCUGUGGCGUUUACUGACCGAU